AUGCAACAAUAUAUGAAUAUCGUUUUGAAGAAGAGGGAACAGGAAAAAGAGACGAAAGAACAACGAAAGGAUACUGACGAGCAGCCGUCUAAGAAAAAUUCACCGGAAUCACAAGAAGCAUCGCAGAAAUCUGCAGGUAGUUCGGUGAUUGCAGCGAAACUGGAUCACGAUUCAGCGCAUACAGAAAGCGAUUUUGAUUGGUGA